CUAGAUUCUUGGAAAACAAAUGGUUCUCAACUUGCCAUCUCAUCAUUUUCCUUAAUAAUUUUUCUUGUUUCAAAAAUUUUCCCUCCUCAUAAACUUUAAUAUAUUCCUCAAUUUACACAAAAAAAUAUCCCAAAUCCAUUAUUUCUUCAUCCUUUUUAUUAUUUAUCUUUGAUCCAUUAUUGAGUCAGUUCUUGAUUUUUUUUGGAAGGUGUAAAGAUGGCUCAAUUGUUGUCACCUGUUUAUACUGAUUCACUGAAAUUACAAAACCCAAUUCAGUGUUUCUCUUCAAGAAGUAAAGGACAAUUUUUGGCUAAUAAUUAUAGUAAUUUGAACUAUAGUUCAAUGGGUUAUAAUUAUAGUAAUUUGAACUAUAGUUCAAUGGGUUAUUCUGGAAGGAAGAAAGGAUUUGGGAGAAUUAAAGUUGCUUAUCAAGAUUCUGCAGCAUCUGAGGAAAUUGCUGAUGAUUAUUAUGCUGUUUUGGGUUUGCUUCCUGAUGCUACGCCUGCUCAAAUAAAGAAGGCAUACUAUAACUGUAUGAAAUCUUGCCAUCCAGACUUGAGUGGUGAUGAUCCCGAGACCACAAAUUUUUGCAUGUUUAUCAAUGAGGUCUAUGAGAUUCUUAGUGAUCCUGUGCAAAGGAGAGUUUAUGAUGAGAUCCAUGGGUAUACUGCCACAGCAAUCAACCCUUUCCUGAGUGAUUCAUCGCCGAAAGAUCAUGUAUUUGUUGACGAGUUUAGCUGCAUAGGCUGCAAAAAUUGCGCUAAUGUUUGCCCUAAAGUGUUUGGCAUUGAGGAAGACUAUGGAAGAGCUAGAGUUUAUGAUCAAUGUGGAAACCCUGAUUUUAUUCAACAAGCUAUAGAUAGCUGCCCAGUUGAUUGUAUACAUUGGACUUCCGCUGCACAGCUAUCUUUGCUCGAGGAUGAAAUGCGAAGAGUAGAAAGAGUAAAUGUCGCCUUCAUGCUUUCAGGAAUGGGCGGUGGAGCCGUUGAUGUUUUCAGAAUGGCGUGCACACGGUGGGAAAAACGACAAUCUAAAGUCUUGGAACAAGCUAAGAUCAGAAUGAUGAAGAAGAAAGAUUCUGAGAAAACUGAAUCAUACUGGGAUAACCUAUGGGGCAAUGCUAAAGACUACGCAAAUACAGAGGAGGAAGUGGGAGAAAGAUCAAAACGAGCUGCCGCGGCUGCUCGAAGAUGGAGAGAGUACUCGAGGAGAGGCGCUGAUAAACCUCCUACCUUUAAACUUCCCGAGGCCAUCUCUAAUGACAAUUGACAUAUAGUUGCUAACAACUUUGUAGUAUAUGGUACAUGCAUCUCACCUUUGUAAAAUAUGGUACAUUUAGAUAUAGCCUAUUCAUGGCAGUAGUCAUGGUGCAUCCCCAUAUCAAUGUAAUUAUAUAGCCAAAAUUGACCUCAGUACAUCUGUAUGUAAGAUUAUUCAUAAUUCAAUAAAAGUUGUAUAACCUGUGUAUCCAAUUAAUGUUAUUAGUGAUUGAUGGUUCUAUAUGAUUA